UGCCAAUUUCGGGGGCAGUGAUCGUAGUAAUAGUGCUUUCAUGAAUCAUUAGUGUCAAUGAUAGCAGUCAUUCUUUGCCGAGUUCAGUAUAUGAGCAGUCAUCAUUGCUGGGCAGUAAGUUCUUCACUUAAUAUAGCUCGUGAGUCCCCGAAGUUUAUAAUUUUGCCAGCGUUUCGGACUCCUUUCCGCCUUACGCGCCUACAUUUACGUAUUUAAAUCCUUACCCCUCGUCGUCUUCUCAUUCUGAGGUCAAUUUCUUUGCAUGGAGUCAAAAUCCCUGGAUCCCACUGAAUGUCAACACACAAAGGUUCUAAACCGGCAUCAAACAUCCUCGAACCCGAGCACAAUCCUACGCCAUGGCUAUUCACAACAGAACAACCAAGUCGACAACCCCAAGUCCAAACGCAAAGGACACUAAGGACGAUGUUUCUCUUUCCCUAGAACUAGUUAUGGUAGUGGGCAUCGUUCUCAUUGGAGGUAUUGCCAUGAUAUUUGUGGUACACAAGACUGAGGGUUAUAGAGAACGAAAGAGACAGAGAAAGCUGCCUGAGGAGAUGAAUGGUAGCGGUGGCUCGGAAGCAUAGUACUCGUAUGAAUCAUAAAUAUGACUAGUACCAGUCAUUCUAGUCAUUCGUAGCCGAGUUAAAAUAUUGGGAGUCAUUAAGUCAUGGGGUUAAAGGCUAUCUAGUCGAUCGAAGUCCCCCGUUUUUCAAACUUUACCAACACUUCGAUAGCUCGUCAACAUUACUACUUUUCGAACACCAAAUAUCAACAUUUUAUUAGAUCGUACUACUUGAUCAUUAUCCACCUCGACAAGCAGUUCAUGUAUCUUAGUACUGGUACAUUAGUCUGGUUUGAAUUUCAUCGCUUUCAUAACGUCCUCACGCUCUCAAACACAGCUUCGCCCUUAACCGCUCUCACGCCGUAAAGACUUUACAGCUUUUACAUUUUGAUAGACUCUGCGCGUCGAAACUCUAUCCACCACUACACUUUGCUGCACUCCACCACACUGCACCGUACUUCAAAAAUAUCAAAGGCUCAGGUCAACAUUACCAUAAGUACAAACAGGCAACACACAACACACACA